CAAAUAAAUAAAUCAAGGAAGUGAACUGAGUAUGGGACAAAACAGAAGUUGAGGUUUUUUAUUAUUUAAAAAACCAAAAACACCUUAGCCUGUCUUGACCCUUCUUUUUCUCAAAGUCUUUACUGCUUCUACAGCUUCCUCCUUUCAGAGACCAGUGCUAGGGUUCUAUCCUCAGUCUUUCUUAUCCACAGCCUCUCUGGGAAAUGUCAUCCAUUCUUGUAGCUUCAUCUUUUCACUUCUAACUUCUUGGUCCUUACAAAACCUGAUGCACCAUGGUUCUUCCUCUUGUAGCACAUUUCUAUAUUCCCAUUGCCCAGCCAGGUGAAACUGGUUGUGCCCUCAAUUAAAGUCUUGUGGGAGGGAGGGAUUCUUUGAGUUAGCCCAAGUACUUUGAGUUUCCUUUCUCAACACCUCUUUCCCCUCCAUUUCCUAGAACUCUUGCCCUGUCCCACUCAUCAUCCUCCACAGAAUUCUGAUCUGCAUCUGCUUACAUUUUGUCCUUACUCUAGAGCAAGAGUAUACAGACUCCUUUCCUGCCUUAUCCCAUCUCUCUGUCCCAACCCAAUCCCAGCGUCUCUACAUUGGCAGAAAGCUCCCCACGGUGUGGAAAUCAUUAUUAUCAUCAUCCCAAUACAAAAUCUUGGCUAGGUGUUAAAUCUAUGAAAUUUGCCGAUGACUUAUAGCAGAAUUAUCCCAUUGUUCUAGCUUUAUACCACUUUACAUAAUGGGAAGGCAUUAAUCAUGGAGGUCUGUCUUCCCACACCACUCCUCAAGAGACUCAAUUUCUGUUUUGUCUCAUACUCAGUUCACUUCCUUGAAUGUAAGCAGGCAUUCAUGAAAGUGCAGUCAUUAAGAAUGCCUUCAAGCUUACAAUGUAGGGGAGAUAAGAUAUGUACAUAAUUCUAAAGUGUAUGGUAAAUGAUAAUAAAUUCAGACGGCGUCUUAUGCCUCUUAUGGCUUGUAAGGACAACAAAUAUUGUACUGAAAGGCAACCACCUGGGUCAGAUAUUUUCAAGGUGAUAAAUAUGCACACAAAUUCUUGACCUUCUUUCUUUCACUAAACUCAAUAUUCCUGUUCCAGUUAUUAUGCCCCUCUGUAAUGACUCCCACAGGAAACAAAAAUCCACACCUCCACAUUUUAUCUCCACUGAGUUCUUUCCUCCAUAGUUAAAAAAAAGUUAUCCAGACCUCUUUCAUAUAACAGUUUGUCACAUUUUGUGUACAGUCAUGAACACGUUUCUCCUUUGCAGGUUAAAUAUACCCAGACCCUUCAAUUAUGUAAUGUAUUUAUCACCAUCCUAGUCACUCCUCCAGAACUGUUCAACUCAAUCACAUGUCAUCAGUGCUGAAAAAUGAGUCCAGAAAUGUCCUAAUUAAUCCCUUUCUCAGACCUGAAAGUCUUUGGAAUUAUUCUCAACUAGUCCUCUUCUGCAUAACUACCUUACCUGCAUAUGGCACUUGACAGCAAGCAUGUUUUUCUUUUCUACUCUUCCACCUCUAUCCCUUCCUGGUUCAGGCCCUCAUCACCCCAGGCCUACGUCCUGUGUCCGUUUUUUGCUUCCCUGCCUGCUGGUGCCAUCCCUGGACCCCUUAAAAAGCACUAUCACAUGUGAAUCAGCAAAAACUCGUUGAGCUGUGCAUCACUAAUUGUGAUGUGCAGUGCUCAUGCUUCAGAGCAUCAAUUAUGAGCAAGACAAGGCCUUUAACUUCCAGAGGUGUCGGCCAUCAUGUGACUAUACCAACGUAUAGAGAGGGUUGCAUUGUAGCAUGGGUGCACACCCAAGACCGAGGGUGGAAAACAGCAUUCCAGCAUAGAUUAGUGGACACGGCAUUUGACUAAACUUUUAAGAAUGGUUGGAAUUAAAAGGAGAGCAUUCCAGGCUGAACCAAGAGGUGGGGCCGGAGGGGUCUCGAGUACUGUGGUUUACUGGGCUCCUGAGCAGAGCAGAUGGAUGGAAACUAUGGAUGUGCAGGAGGAGCAGUACAAAGUGUUCUCGAAAGGAACAUUAGGGCAGGUAAAGAAUAACCCUGAGUGCCAUCCUCGAGAGUCUUCUGGAUAAGCCUUGAAGAAGGGGCUGUUGGGCUCCCAGUUGCAUUUCCAUCUCUCAGUGGAAGACACUGCAGUCUCAACAUUUGGACAAGAAGCCCCGCCUAGCAGCUCUUGUAGAGGAGGCUGGGAAGCAGACCGGAGGCUGAAAAGCAGUUUAGGUAAAGUAUCCCCAAACCUGGCAGUGCGCACUGGGCGAGUCGCCAAUUCGCAGGAACCUCCAAGGCCGAGCUGCAGGGAGGAUCGCACUCUGUUAACCUAGUGUGCCCUCACUAUAGACAGUCACUGACUUCUACUGGGACGAUUUGGGAAGGUGGCCCCCGCGGUCCGUCCACUGCAGGAACCCGUUGGCCCGGAGGCAGCUGCAGGACUCCCGUGCGCGUCCCCGCGGGCGUGCGGGAGCAGCGGGAGGAGCGGACUGGGCACGUGGAACUCCGCCACAGCAGGCUGAGACGGUGCGCAGCGCCCUUUUUUCGGAUUGGGCGGAAUCGUGCCUGGAGAAGGCAGAGACUGGUUAACCCUGGGAAGAGGGCGGAGCCUUGUCAGGGAGGGAGGCGGGACUUGGCUCCCAGUGGUAACCCUGCCCCCUUGCGGCGUCUCGGGCGCGGGCUGGCGAUGUCGCCAGCAGUCCCGGGAGAGUUUAGGCCUUCUAGUCAUCCCAGCAACCGGUGACGCGGCCCUCAUGAGGCCCACCACUGGCCAGCCGGGAAAAGCGGAGCCAGAACGUGACUCCCUAUCCUGAGGAGCCUCCCAGCUCCCCACUCGGCGGCCGCACGCUCCGCCAGCCCCUUCCUCCCUUCAGCGCCCUAGUCCCGAAGUCCGGGAGGUGGGGGUCAGCGAGCCAGCCGAGUAGGAACUGCGCGGUGUACAAGGAGCCUGUCGGCGACCGGUGAGGGGACUGGGGCUGGGAGGGCAGGGUUGGCGCGGGGCAGCGAUCCCCAACUACCGCCCGUCUUCUCCCCUCGGCUCCUGGCGACUAGCGUCUGCGGCAGAGGCGAGCGCCGCUCGGCAACAAGUGACGCUGCGGCGGGGCGGGAGGAGCGAUUGGCCAGUUCCCGCUUGCCAACGCCGGCGGCCUGCUCCUUUCAGGCCUUGCCCUCUGCCUGUCCUCCCCCGUCUUCCCCUGCUGACCUUCGGGGCCGGCGCCGGGUUAAGACGGACUAAAAGGGUAGUGUCACCCACCAGGCCCCGUCGACGUUAAUCGUCCCGACUUCUCGCUAGGUUUUCGAUGGGCGGGCGCCGCGGGCGAGAUGCUGGGGUAGGACUGUGAGUGGGAAGUUUCGCCCUUGGAGAAUCUGCCUAGCGACUCGUGAUGAAAGGUGGCUGAGGCGCCCGGAUUGGCUGCCCUGCGAUCUACUCAAGUGUGGCCUUCCUCUUCCGGUGGAUACUUGAGCGCCCUUUUCCCGGUCAGAACCCGGUAACAAGCCUUAAGCUAAGUGACCCGUCUCCCUGAUUUCCUCUGAAAGCUCCCGGGGUGUGUCUUGGGGCUACAGUACAGAAUGCCCACGCUAUUCUAACCAUGUGAAGCAGGGUUCUUUGGCGGUCAAGGGAAGGACUUACAAACUUGCAGAACGUUCAGAAUCCUUGAAGUAGAGGAAGGAGCCAGCCCCUGUGCUCGGGAUCCUCUUCAGAGGAGCUGUCCUGAAGAGAGUAAGACCUAAAAACGCAGCCACCACAGUUCUCAGACUUACACAUAACUCAACCAUCUUUUCAUAUGAAAUGUGAUCGCUUCCUUUACUGAGUUCUCCCAGACAGGAGUGUCCGACACCUGUUGUCCCCUGUCCAAGAUUACACAGGUAAUAAUGGAAGAAGCAGAAUUUGGACACUUGCCUACGCAUGUUACGGUUCCAUUUCAGUAAACCAAAGCAGAGCAUUUGCAGCAUAUGAGGUAGAUAGGGCUAUGGAGGAUAAGCUGACUGGUGAGAGGCCUCCUCCUCCAGUACCCUGCCAUUGGGAAGAACUGUAUUCCAGAUAAACACAUCAUGUUUAAAAAGCACUGGAUGCCCAACUUCUUGCUAGGCCCAGGGAAUUGCAGAACACCAUUUAUCAUCCCUUCCCACAUCCCGGUUCUGGGAUGCUCUGUCCCCUUUUGGGUUGCAGUUUUGCCCAUGUGUCAGAGGAAGUAAAGAAUAGACUAUCCUACUACGUGUGUUCUCUCCCUGCCAAGAUCCCGAUCUUCUCCACAGUUUUCAGUUCACAGGAAAAUCUGUGUGAAGGCAAAACGUCCAAAACAGCGUACUUGGAUCAUGAUCAGGCUUGGGCACUUGGGAUGGAAAGCAGCUGUCAUUCCUAUUUCUAGCAGUUCCUUAAACAUGCCAGACUGGAUCUGAAGCUGAAAUGGGCAACUUCUUUUGAAGUACUGGACCUUGUUUCUGUUAGGUCAGGAGUGGCUAUUUUGGUGCUCUAGAUUCCACACUCCAUCCUUACCUAGAAAAGGGGCUGAAACCUUCCUGGAAUGGAUGGGACUACUAUUCUCUGUUACUUUCAUUGAUUACUCAGAAUAAAGCCAAGUAAGGGGACAGGACUGUGGGGUGUGAAGGUGCUUAGCAGAGCUUCUCUGAGGAGGGGUUAUUGGAGCAGAGCCCUGAAUAAAGAGGCGAAGGGACUUUACAGCUGGAACUAUAAAUGGGAAGGCCCCAAAGUAGGCAAUUAAUUUAAAUAAUACAUUUCAUUUAGCCCAAUAUAUCCAAAACAUUAUUUCAAUAUAUAAUCAACAUUAAACAUUAUUGAGAUAUUUUGCAUUCUUUUUUUCAUACUAAAUCUUUGAAAUUAGGAGUGUAUUUGACCCUUACAGCCUAUCUCAAUUUAGACCAGCCAGCCACAUUUCCAGCGCUCAGUCCCAUAUGGCUCAUGGCUACUGUAGUGCACAGCACAUCUGGGGACAGCCCUCAGCCCCACUCCUGCACCAGCUUUACCCGGCUGUGGCUUCAAGAGAGGAAUUGCAAGAUGAUCACUUCUCUCUUCAUCCUGCCCCAGAAGUAUUGGCCUGGCAGAACAGAUAGCCAGGAAAGAAAAUCUUUGUACUAACUGAAGGACACAACUCAGAAGAAAAAGAACUAAGCUGCUCUCAUAGUAGAUUGUUAGUUAAUGUACUAAAUGCUGGUUAAUUACCACACUCUUGAUCUGUAAUAGGUUAGAUGUGGUUAGAUGUGGAAUGAAAUACCUGCUAAUAUCUAUUAAGAAACAAAAAUAAAGUGAUAUAUGAAACUCCGUUUAUUUUUAAUCAGUUGUGAAUGUUAAUUUUUUCAUUAGCUUAUCUUACUUAGUACCUGUUUUCAGUUACAUAUAUGAUAUUUUUAAAUAUUUGUACUUGUAAUAUAAAUGCUUGAUAAAUACUAAAAUAUUUUAAGUAUUGAACGAUUAGGACUUUUCACCAACUCACACAUUAUUACCUCCUUCCCUCUUUCCAAGCCCUCCUGUACUUAUUUUUUUUUCCUCCUGUACUUACUUUUUUACUUAAAAUGAAUUUGGGUAUAACAACUUAUAAAACUCUCAGUCGGGGAAAAAAAAAACUCUCAAUUGGGAAACUGGUUAGGAUAGUCUAGAAAUCAUUCUUUUUGUACAAUAAUUUUUUUUCUUUCAGAUUUCCUCCCAAGCAUAGAUCCCUUUGCUUCCAGGGCAAACUCCAGCAUGGGGUGAGGUACAGAAGACAGACUUCAGGGGUGUACUCUGGCACUCAGUUACCAAACCUGCCCCCUAGAUCAGGGGUACAGAAUAUUCUGCUCCCAAGGCAUGAGAAGAGAACAUCAUAUAUUGGCCACUACUGCCCAAUGUGGAGGGGAGCAGAAACUCCAGAGCCCACCCCUGAAGUGCAUGUCCAGGCCAAGACCUCUGAUCUAAGGACAGAAAACAGGCUGCUGGAUACUCCUCAUUCCCUGCCAAGCAGAGUUUUGGAAGGAAACUCCCUCUCUGAAUCCCUCUUGCCCUUCCUGAUGGCAUGAGGACCACCCCCCAAUACUUCUAGGAGUCCUAUGGCUUUGCCUCCUCUUGGAGAGUGGAAUCCAGGAGAUGAUCUAGCUGAGGAAGUUACAAGAAAUAGGGGCCCUGUGCUUGCCUCUCCAUUUCCCCAAGGUGUAGCUGUUGCAGCUGUUACUGUGGCUUACAGUCACUCUCUCCCUGUAGGGUGAAGGGUGAAGGGUGAACCUAGCUGCAGCCCACCUUAGAAAAAGCUGCAGAGCCUGCCCACAAAAGAAGGAAGCUGACAUCUGCAGGCCAGUUUUCCAGGCCUCCCCUUCUUCCCUCUGCUACUCCCUUUGUAGGCCUUCAGGAAACUGAAAAUAACACGCAGUUUGAGGCUGUGGACCCCGGCGUGGGAGUGGCACACGUCCCUGCCAGCCUGGCACCCAGCCUGCGUCCCGAGGGCACCCCAGCCUAGCUUUCACCAUGUUCGCUGCAUCAGAGGCGGUGGCGGUGGCCACGGCGGCAGCAGGAAGGCCUUACGUGUGCAGCGAGUGUGGCAAGAGCUUCAGCUACAGUUCGGUGCUGCUGCGCCACGAGUGUGCCCAUGGCGGCGACAGCCGCUACCGCUGCCUCGACUGCGGGGAGCGCUACGCACUGGCCACUGACCUCCGCGCACACCGUCGCGUGCAUGCUGGCCAGACACUCUACAUCUGCAAUGAAUGCGGCCAGAGCUUCCAUCAUAGUGGCCGCCUGGACCUACACCAGAGCACACACAGACAGCGCGGCCGCUCCUGCCGCUGCCGCACAUGCGGCCGCAGCUUUCCACACCUCUCAGCUCUGCUGCUGCACCGGCGCCGCCGGCACCCCCCUGAGCGGCCCUGCCGCUGCCCCCUGUGUGCGCGUGCCUUCCGUCAGAGUGCGCUCCGCUUCCACCAGGCGCGGGCACACCCGUGGGGGACAGCCAUCGCGCCUCUCGACCCCCUCCACCGCUGCGCACAGUGCCCACGGGCCUUCCGCAGCUCUGCAGGGCUGCAGAGCCACACUCGCGUCCACACGAGCCAGCGUCCAGCUCCUAAGCCGCACGCGCCGGGUGUGCACCAGUGCAGCGUGUGCGGGAAGAGCUUCGGCAAGAGCUCCACGCUAACACGACACCUACAGACGCACUCAGGUGAGAAGCCCUUCAAGUGCCCGGAGUGUGGGAAGGGAUUCUUGGAGAGCGCCACGCUAGUGCGCCACCAGCGGACGCACACGGGGGAGAAGCCAUACACAUGCGGGGACUGCGGGCGCCGCUUCAGCGAAAGUUCCACCCUUCUGCGCCACAGGCGCAGCCAUCAGGGAGAGCGGCCGCACGCAUGCGCCACGUGCGGCAAGGGCUUUGGGCAGCGCUCAGACCUGGUGGUGCACCAGCGCAUCCACACCGGCGAGAGGCCCUUCCCAUGCACCGAGUGCGGCCGCCGCUUCAGUGACCGCUCUGACCUCACCAAGCACCGGCGCACGCACACCGGCGAGAAGCCCUACCGCUGUGAGCUGUGCGGCAAACGCUUCACAUGCGUUUCCAACCUCAACGUGCACCGGCGCAACCACGCCGGCCACAAGCCCCACAUAUGCCCCGAGUGCGGCAGGGCCUUCAGCGUGGCCUCCAAGCUGGCGCUGCACCGCAAGACCCACCUGGGCGAGCGGCCGGCACAGUGCGCCGAGUGCGGCAAGUGUUUCAGUCACAGCCGCUCGCUCUCCCAGCACCAGCGGGCGCACACGCGCGCUCGAGCCGCCGCCGCCGCCCAAGCCACCGAAGGAGCUGCACUCAUCCUCGCUGGGCGGGCAGAAAAGGAAAAGCCGGACUUCUUGUGUCGCAGCUGAGGGACACUUGCUGAGAAGCUUUUCUGUAGUAGGGGGGGGCACGUAUGGAUGCCACUGCCACAGGGAGGUCUGUGUAAAGACAGCACGGCCGGCUGUCGCCUUUUCCCAUCUUCCGUGGUAGCCCUUCACCUGGACUGUGGCCGGGCCUCUACAUCUACUUCCCUGGUCAGCUCUUCCUGUCCUCCAUCCUUCCUGUCCUCCCCCUGGGGUGUAGGGAAGCAGGAAAACCUCCUAGACAGGAAAGAGCCCAGGUAUGGGUAGAUUCCCACUGCUGCUGUUGUCCCCCCCAAGAUUUCUUUUCUGCUUUCCCACCUGGGUUCGAACUUCUCUUGUCCCAUCCCCUUUUCCAGCCCGAGUCUCCUCUAGCUCUUCAGGUAAUGAUCACAGAUGUGGCCACAGGGACAACCCACCCACCUUAUGGUCUUCUUGACUCUUGGUUCUACUUGAGUCUCUGCUGCUUUCUCCCUAGGCUCAGAGAUGGGAAAUUUGUAGGCAGAGAGAUGAUGGGACAGCACAUUUCAGUGAAAGACAUUACGCCAGAAGCCACCAGCCUGCUUCCUGGCAGAGAAGGCCCACCACAGUGAAGCUGGGCAGGAGCCCUCAGCAGAGCAGCCACCAGUCCCAUGGAGCACACCUGAUGGUAUCCACAUCAAAAUGCCUCUCAGGGCAAUAUUCUCCAGCUAGGUGGGGGGACAUUAACUUUCAGACCUAGACCAAGGCCCUGUGGGGUCUAUAAAGCAGAGUACUGCCAAGGGGAGCAUCAGAAUACUAUUUCCAAAUCAAGCCUGGAGCCAUGGGCAAAUGGAGCUCCACAGAGUCAAUAGUGCAGGGCAGAAAAUCUGGAAUUGGCCGGUGGUUGUUUUGCUUACGACUGGUGAAAUAAAGCUUGGUGUUUUGUGGGGGGUUCCAGAA